GCGCAAACAGGCAUCCAGGCACAUCAUCAGCGGCGGCAGAGCGUCUUCUUGAUCCUGAUACCCCGUGUCUUCAGCUGCCAAUCCUCUGCCCCGCGUCUCUGCUUCCACUGCCGGCUGAAGUGUCCAGAAGCCUUCGCCAAGCAUCCGCUCACACUUUCUCCGGCGCUCGGUUAUUCUUAGCUCAGCUGCGCGGCCGUCCUUCGGGUCCCUCUCUUAUUUAUCCCAGUUUGUUGAAUAUUUAAUGGAAAAUGGCGAUGUGCGCGCAGUCGUGCGGUAUGUUCUGCCUCCUCGCGGUCCAAACUGUACUGAUCCUGUGCGUCUCCUCGCCGACGGACGGGAGCCAGCAGUUCCCCCAGCACUACACAAUGAUUCACUGGGCCGGACGCAUCGAGAAGGAGCUGGAGAAGGUUCUGCAGCACAUCACCGGGACGCAGCAGAUGAGGCUGAUUUAUAACGAGAAGAAGAGCCAGUUCGAAAUCAAGAGGAACAACCCCAAGGACCUGGUGGAGCGAGUGGCCCGGGACAUCUCCAAGCUGCUCAACAGCAAACGGAAAGCGCUGGAGAAACUGGCCAAGGAGGCGGAGCAGCUUCAGCGGGAGCACGUGUGGCAAGACAGUGUGACGGAGAAUGCCAUUUCAUACUACGAUUCCAAAGCGGAUUCAGACUAUGGCGAGGAUGGAGAGGAGGAGAACCCUCUGGAGACCUCAUCCUCUCUGGAGCUGGAGUUUGUGGACGAUCCCAAUUUUAAGAACAAGGUCAACUAUUCCUCCAGCGCCGUCCAGAUUCCUACAGACAUAUACAAAGGCUCCCCAGUCAUCCUGAACGAGCUGAACUGGACCCAGGCUCUGGAAAGGGUCUUCAUUGAAAACCGUCGGGAGGACAGCUCUCUGCGCUGGCAGGUGUUCGGCAGCGCCACCGGCGUGACCCGAUACUACCCAGCCACUCCGUGGAGGGCGCCGAACAAGAUUGACCUGUACGACGUCCGCAGGAGGCCGUGGUACAUCCAAGGCGCAUCGUCUCCAAAGGACAUGGUCAUCAUCGUGGAUGUGAGCGGCAGCGUCAGCGGCCUCACGCUGAAGCUGAUGAAGACGUCCGUGGUGGAGAUGCUGGACACGCUGUCGGACGACGACUACGUCAACGUGGCCAGGUUCAAUGAGAAGGCCGACGCUGUGGUUCCGUGCUUCAGAACCUUGGUCCAGGCCAACGUUCGGAACAAGAAGAUCUUCAAGGAGGCCGUCAUGCACAUGCAGGCCAAAGGAACCACCGAUUACAAGUCUGGCUUCACGUUUGCCUUCGAACAGCUCCUCAACGAGAGCAGCGCCCCGAGGGCCAACUGCAAUAAGAUGAUAAUGAUGUUUACAGACGGCGGCGAGGAUCGUGCACAGGAAAUCUUUGAGAAGUACAACUGGCCCAACAAAACGGUUCGCGUGUUCACGUUCUCUGUCGGCCAGCAUAAUUAUGACGUCACCCCACUGCAGUGGAUCGCAUGCGCCAAUAAAGGUUACUACUUUGAAAUUCCAUCAAUUGGAGCCAUCAGAAUCAACACGCAGGAGUACCUGGACGUUCUGGGCCGCCCCAUGGUGCUGGCCGGGCCUCGGGCCAAGCAGGUGCAGUGGACAAAUGUCUACCAGGACGCUCUGGGCCUGGGCCUCGUCAUCACGGGGACAAUGCCCAUCUUCAACCUCACGACCGAUACAGCGAGCUCUCAGAACCAGCUCAUCCUGGGCGUCAUGGGAGUGGACGUGGCGAUCAGCGAGAUCAAAAAGAAGACGCCCACAUACAGACUUGGAGCCAACGGGUACACGUUCGCCAUCGACCCCAACGGUUACGUUCUGCUGCAUCCCAACCUCAGACCCAAGAUCAUUAACUUCCGGGAGCCCGUCACUCUGGACUUCCUGGACGCUGAGCUGGAGGACAACAACAAGGAGGAGAUCCGUCGGCUGAUGAUUGAUGGCAAAUCAGGGCAACGGAAAAUCAAAACGCUCAUUAAAUCAGUUGAUGAGCGCUACAUAGACGAGUCCCUGCGGACGUACACGUGGACGCCCGUGGACGGCACGGACUACAGUUUAGGGUUGGUUCUGCCCACAUAUAGCGAGAACCACAUCAAGGCCAAUCUGAGCGACCAGAUCCUCCAGGUGCAGUUGUCAAACACCAAGGAUUUUGAGUCACUGCUGCCAAACAGUUUUGAGUCAGAAGGACAUGUAUUCAUUGCUCCCAGGGAGUACUGCAAUGAGCUGGAACUGUCCAACAACAACACAGAGUUCCUGCUCAACUUCAUUGCUCUCAUGGAGAAGGUGACGCCGGACUCUAAACAAUGCGACAAUCUGCUCCUUCACAACCUGAUCCUGGACACUGGCAUCAUCAGGCAGUUGGUGGAGAAAGUGUGGAAGAACAAAGACCUGAAUACAUACGGCUUCCUGGCCGUGUUUGCUGCAACAGACGGAGGCGUGACUCGAGUGUUUCCAAACAAGGCUGCAGAAACCUGGGAGGAAGAUCCCGAGCCAUUUAAUGCCAGCUAUUACCGCCGCAGCCUCGACAACAAGGGCUACAUCUUCAGAGCGCCUUAUCGAACAGCCAAGGACGAGCUGCUGAACCCGGAAAAUGACACCAUAGGCAUCCUGGUCAGCACGGCUGUGGAGAUCACAGUGGGGGGGAAGACCAUCAAACCUGCAGUGGUUGGGGUCAAACUGGACCUGGAAGCCUGGACAGAUAAGUUCAAGAUACUCGCCAGCAACCACACAGACAAUCGUCAAGGCUCUAAUAUGUGUGGACCAAACAGGCCCUGUGAGAUGGACUGCGAAGCCAACAGCGACGAUCUCCUGUGUUACUUAAUCGACGACGGGGGAUUCCUCAUCAUGUCCAAUCAGAAGGAAGACUGGAACAAGGUGGGGAUGUUCUUCAGCGACGUGGACCCCUUCCUGAUGUACGCGCUCUACAACAACUCCUUCUACAACCGCAAGCAGUCGUUCGACUACCAGUCGGUGUGUGAGCGGAUUCAGAACAGCGAGGCCGGAGCAGCGCCCAGAGGAGUGUUUGUGCCCACCAUCGCAGACUUUGUGAACCUGGCCUGGUGGACAUCAGCAGCUGCAUGGUCCUUGUUCCAGCAGUUCGUCUAUGGCCUUGCUUAUCGCAGCUGGUUUGUCACAGAUGAGGUGGACGCAGAAGGAAUGGACUCCAAAGAGAGGAGCUGUGUAAUGAUCCAGACCCAGUACUACUUCAGUAAUCGCACCAGCUCCUACAACAUACUGCAAGACUGUGGCAACUGCUCCAGGCUGAUUCAUGCCAAGAGGAUAAAUAACACCAACUUGCUGUUCGUGGUGGCAGAGAAGGUGCCGUGCAGCACCUGCGACAUAGAGAAGCUGUCGCAGGAGGAGGAGGAGUUCAGAGAGGACAAUCCGUGUGAAGAACUGGCCGUGGCGCGUUAUCGAAAAGGGCCGUCCACCUGCUUCGACAACAACGUCGCUGAGAACACGUCGGACUGCGGCCGAGGCCACUCUUUCCGCCCGUGUCUCUACACUUUACUGCUCCUUCAGCUGCUUCUGCUUCAUCCAGUCGUCAGCCCGCACAUCCGCUCUCUACUGCAUUAAUCCUAUUUUCCACCACUUUUAGUCGUCCCGAGCUUCUUUCCCGUCCAAAAAAUCCAUCCAUCCAACCACCCCCCACCCCCACCCCCACCCCGCCUCUGACCCCCCUCUGUCUGAUGUAGUCAUAGGUAAAAAUGGGACUUCCCGUCGCUAAGGCGGAAGCGCCACCCAGCUCGCUUCAGUUUGUGUCGCUUCGUGACGGCUGCCGGCGUGCCCUCGGGCCAGUCCACCUUCCUCGGCAGCAGGAGGCUCAAGAGCAAAAAAAAAAAACGGAUCCCCCCCGCGACCCCUCCAACGAGCAGGCGAGGUGGAGGGGGCGAGCGAGGACGCGGCCGCGCCGCACACCUCCUGCCGCACAGACUGGAGAGACGAGUUCCCGCGUCCGUCGGUCAGACAGACGGUGGGACGUGGGCUUCUCUCCUCCAUCUCCAGAGUCUCUGGCCUCCUGUCAGAGGCUGCGGACCAUGCAGUCACUAACAGCCACCAUAAAAGAAAAACAAGCGAAAAAAGAACUGUCAAGUAUACAAAAUGUCAAGUGUAAUGCUACAGUGAUGAGAAUUCCAAGCAUACAGUAUAUUUAGGUUUCAAUAUGAAAAGGAAGUCGUUAGGUGUUAACUUAAAAUUAAUUUAUGCACUAUAUCUACUUGCCAAAAUGAGAUAGGCUUUCAUGUGGUCUUAUUUUUUAUAGCCAAAGCACGGCGAGGAGGAGACUUUUGAUGUAGAAACUGAACGCUCAUUCAUUUUGUGCAGCUCCUAACAACAGAUUAGUGCUUUUAAAAGACCUCCACAGAGGAUUAUUGUAAUUGCAUCACGGUGAUUGCAUUUCCUGAAGUACUUUCCCUCUACGCCGCCGAUCCGAGGCCGGCGCCCUCCGGCUCCGGCGCCGCUGGCUGCUGUAGAACAUGAAUCCGCGUCGGUCGCUCGUUGCGAGCGCUUCGUCGCCGCCGUGCAGUAUUUUUCCUUUUACGAUGCAUCGACCGUCCCGACCUCUGGUUUAGACUGAAACACGGCCCCCGCGCGGACGCUCGCCUCUGCCAAUCCUCCAGUAACCUCCACCAACGCUCCCAGCCGCACUCUGUUCUCUCACCCGGAUCCCGUCCUCGUCUCCGCCUCUUCGUAGUUCCAGGUGUUUUUUUUUUUGGUGUGGUUCCCUUAGACUUUUGCUGUUUCAGCUACUCAAACCGUUCGCUGCUGGGGGAUAGGGGCUUAUCAACAUUUCCAAUAAAAGCGCAGAAGAGGCCACUAAAUAUGGGGAUCGCGUUCUGAAGUAGUCUGGCUGGAAUCCAUCAGUCUGUCAUCGGAUCAUUGCGAUGUGUGACAAGUCAUUUAGACUCCCGUGUUUAGGAGCCGCUCUGUUUCAUAGUGCCUUGAUGCACUUUUAUUUUGAAAAGCAUCAGCUGUACAUGAGUAGAGCUACUGUAUAGUACCUUUGUGAAGCCGCCGUCUUCGAGGCGUCGGACGACACGCGUCCAUCACACGCUGCUCAGCUCCAGCUAAAUGUGCCCGCCCUCCCCCGAGGCUGCUGAGCCGCCUGACUGCCAUCGUAUGGAGUUACUAUACUGUUCCUUUACACAGCCAUGUACAGGGCUGUACACUAUCGGUAAACAGCGGCUCAACUGGCAGCGCAGCGUCUUUAGGGCCUCCUGACUGCUACAGUUCUGCCUGAAGCGUGUGUUUGCGUGCAGAUGUGUGCGUUUACGUUAAAGCCCCUCAAAGGGAAUGUGUUUUUGGGUGUGUGUGUUUUUUUUUUUUUUUUUUUUUUAUGGAGUGAAUGAGGGUUCACAGUUGUGGUACGGUUACACACCGUGGCUGUUUUCUCGUGUCGAAACAGACAAAAUGUGGUGUUGUUGUGGAGAAAAAAAAGGGAUUUCACUGAAACAAAACGAAUCUAUUUCCAGUCAUCAGAGGUGUCUGAAAGAAUGUGUCGUUCAUUUGUCCUUUGUGUUCCACAUGCAGCAUAGUCAACAAAGCCUCUCUAAAUGCCUUAGUAUUGCAGAGCUCUGAUGUUUCCCGUGGUCAUGCACACUAACACAAGUAGAUCCUCCACAGCGCCCACUCCACUGUUUCUCUGUGUCCUGCAGUACGUCCUAUGGUGAGCUCUAAUUUUGUAUUUUUACAUCCUGGAAUGACUCGUUAUCGAUUGAUGCCUGCUUGAUCAACUGCUUGAAAGUGUGCGGAGGGUUGAAAAUCCCCCCCCAAAAAAAAGAAAAACCCACAACUUUGACCUUGGAUCUUCUCCACGGAGCCAAACCUCGGGCGGGAGGAGUCCCCGUGAUCUAAAAACUCAACACAUGUACAGUUCUUGGUACUGUCUGAUGCGACAAACAGAUGCCGGCACAGUGAGCGCAGCGCGGAGACGUGGCUCCAGGACGCAGCUUUACCUUUCUGGCAUUUGUUUGUCUCUGUCCUGUGCCAUCAAUUCUGUCUGUAUCUCCUGAUUUCCACUGUCUGUAAAUGAACGCUACACGUGCCUGUGGAAAUGUACCCCCUGCAACUUCCUCUCUUUUCCUGACUUCGUAUGCACACGGUCUCACACAUAUUCGUGACUAUCUAGGCCUACACUUUGUGUAUCUGCACCACACACACACACACACACACACAAGCAAGCGUUUAAUGGCACUUAUAAAUGCCCAUUUGGGAGAUGUCAAGCACCAGGCAGAAGUGUAAGCCAAGGACGCCGCUUCCCGGGUGUGUUUUUUUUCUUUGUGAGCAGGUGGGAUGUAGAGGCAAGCUCAGGGAGUGGGUCUCCACAGAGCAGCGCAGGCCCGUCAGAACCGAAGGUCAGGGAGGAAUCAUGUAGUGACAUCUGCGUGUGAAUCCCAACGGGCACACGUGAUUUCUGUGAUUUGACGGAUUUCCUUUUGCCAAAAGAUAGAAAAAAACAAAAAAGAGAAAAAAAAAAAAACAGAAAACCUGGACCAGCUUGGGGAUGAGAGGGAGGGGCCCGCUUUCGGAUCGAACCCAAAAUAAGUAGAGGAGGGUUUCACGAAGCCCCGUCCUGACCCUCGCUGCAUCUGUGUUGGUGCGUCUCUGUGGGAAAGACACGUGUGUAUGUGAUUCUGUAGUCUGUAGUCUGGUGCUAUGUGACCAUGUUUGACCAAGUGUGUGAAAAAAUACCAUUUAGAGGGAAAAAAAACAGUAAAACCAGUCCAAUUUAAGUGAAGUUUAAAAAAUAUAUAGGAAUACAGCACUGUUGAUAAGUUUGAGAAAUGAAGUCAAAAUGUUUGAGUUUUUUCUCCUCGUACGUCUGUGGGUGUGAAUGUUCGUGUGUGCGGAAGAUGUUGCUCCUUCUUUUCUGGGCGCUGGCCCACGUCACUCCAUUCUUUUGUACAGAUGAAGCUAAAAGAAAAGAAGAGGGCAAAAUUUGUAAAAUAUUGUGUCUGUGAUUUCUUGUAAAAUAUUUUCAAAUUGUUUAUUACAGAGAAUCAGUUAUUAAAUAAUGUUCAUAUUUUUCACUUCAAA